UCGCUCCAGCAGCACAGGCAGGGAGGGGACGGGUCCAGGCUGGUAACCGGGCUGUAACGGGGAUAACCUGCAGCCUCCGCCGCCUCUCAGAUGUUCUGAUGGAGUGAACCGGCCAACUAUGCGUUUUUAUUAUGCCCUCUCCGUCGAUCAUGGAAACGGUUCGUCUGGCAUCCCAAUAAACCCUGGAGCCAAGGGGUCAAAGGUCUCUCACUAAAAAAACGCAUCUGUCCCUCUCAUCCCUGCACCCCUCUUCACCCUGUUCCCUAAUCCCUAAUCCACACAUUCUUACCCCAUCUUCAAUCUGUUCCACCUAGUUUCCCUCACAAAUUUCCCUUACAUCCUGAGAUAAAACCCCUCCCAACAAACAAGAUAUACUAGCAGCUGUACUUUUCAUGACGAGAAAGAAGCUCUUCAGCAGACCAUCCUAGACAUCUCCUGUGAUAACUCCUCUCACUCCCAGGCCUCACGAUGAUGUGCGAGGUGAUGCCCACCAUCUCAGAGGAUGGGCGAGGAGGAGGAGGGGGUGGCUCGUCCUCUCCGGCGAGUGGCACAGGAGGGAUGGGUGGUGGGAUGGGAGUCUAUGGAAGCCGAGAUCGUAGCAGUGGUGGCGGUGGUGGAGGAGGAGGUGAUGAAGGGGGAAGCACGGGCAACUUGGAGUCGUUAAUGGUGAACAUGCUGACGGAGAGGGAGAGGCUGCUGGAGAGCCUGAGGGAGACGCAGGAAAGUCUUGGGACGGCACACCUUCGCCUGCGAGAGCUGGGCCACGAGAAGGAGUCUCUGCAGAGGCAGCUGUCUAUCGCCUUGCCACAGGAGUUCGCAGUGCUGACCAAAGAGCUGAACCUGUGCCGGGAACAGCUGCUGGAGAGGGAAGAAGAGAUAUCCGAGCUGAAGGCGGAGAGAAACAACACACGACUGCUCCUUGAACAUCUGGAGUGCCUGGUGUCCCGCCACGAGCGCAGCCUGAGGAUGACUGUGGUGAAAAGGCAGGCCCAGUCUCCCGCCGGAGUCUCCAGCGAGGUGGAAGUCCUGAAAGCCCUCAAGUCCCUGUUUGAGCACCACAAAGCGCUGGAUGAGAAGGUGCGGGAAAGACUACGGGUGGCGCUGGAGCGUGUGGCAGUACUAGAGGAAGAGCUGCAGUCUUCUUCCCAAGAGGUGGUGUCUUUAAGGGAACAAAUGAAACGAAGGCAGCAAGGACUAGACAAUGGCAAAGAGCGGCUUCCCAAUGGACCGUCCUCCAUCCUGGAUGACGGUGACAUCGACCGACAAAGAGAGGGCGAGCUCGAGCGGCAGAGGUCAGAGCUGGGACAGCUGAAGGAGAGGCUGGCUCUCAUGUGCAGACAGGUUGGUGAGAUCGAGGAGCAGCUCACAUCUGCCAGGAGGGAGCUGGCCCGAUCCGAGGAGGCCAAUCAGAAACUACAGAGGGAUCUAAAGGAGGCGCUUUGUCAAAGGGAAGACAUGGAGGAGAGAAUUACCACAUUAGAGCGCAGGUACCUGAGUGCCCAGAGGGAGGCGACGUCUCUCCAUGACAUAAAAGACAAACUGGAAAACGAGUUGGCCAGCAAGGAGUCUCUACACAGACAGAGCGAGGAGAAAAAUCGUCAGCUUCUGGAGCGCCUGGACGAUGCCAAACAGAAGCUGCAGCAAACCCUGCAGAGGGCCGAGACGUUGCCGGAGAUCGAAGCCCAGCUUGCUCAGAGAGUGGCAGCACUCAACAAGGCAGAGGAGCGUCAUGGCAACUUUGAGGAGCGGCUGCGACAGAUGGAGGCACAACUGGAGGAGAAGAACCAGGAGCUACAGAGAGCGAGACAGAGGGAACGGAUGAAUGAUGAACACAACAAGCGUCUCUCUGACACUGUGGACAAACUGCUGUCUGAGUCCAAUGAGAGGCUGCAGCUUCAUCUGAAGGAGAGGAUGGCUGCUCUGGAGGAGAAGAAUGCUCUAUCUGAGGAACUGUCCAAUAUGAAGAAACUCCAAGAUGAUCUGUUGGCAAAUAAGGACCAGCUGAUAGCAGAGCUAGAGCGUCUUCAGCUGGAGGUCGAUCAGCUUAGAGCUCGACCCGGAGGCUCCUAUUCCAGCCGCUCUUUGCCAGGCAGUGCCUUGGAGCUGAGGUAUUCCCAUGGAGGCGGGUCCCUCCCAGCAGGAUCUACCACUCACCUAGAUCACUUCGGUAAUGCCUCCAGUGGGGGUGUGGGCAGACGAAGCCACAGGGCCCGCUGGAGCACAGCCCAUGAGGACUCAAGCAAGUACCCAGACUGGGAGAGCGGGGCUCUGCUGAGAACUGGGUACGAGCAGAGCAUGGACGUGGGCUGCUCUGAUGACGAGGACGAUGGGGAGCCUCGUUUUGAACUUCUUUCUCCCAGUGGACAGACAGACGUGCAAACCCUUGCCAUCAUGCUGCAGGAACAGCUGGAGGCCAUCAAUAAGGAGAUCAAGCUGAUCCAGGAGGAGAAGGAGAACACAGAGCUGCGGGCUGAGGAAAUCGAGAGCCGGGUCAGCGUAGCGUUGGACAGCCCACCUAUACCUCCCUCCUCCUUGAGCAGAGACAGUACAGAAAGGGGCUUCAUCCCAUCAUCCAUCACAUCCUCCACACUGGCCUCCCCAUCUCCCCCCAGCUCUGGACACUCCACUCCUCGCCUGCCUCAUUCCCCAGCCCGUGAAACAGAUAGACAGAACAACAGAGAGGACGACCGAUCCCUUGCUCUUCUCGACUCCACGCCUCCUCCAACUCCUCGUGCGCUGCGAUUAGACAGAAUGAACCUCACCCAUCCGGGCGCGAUGCUUGACGACCCCCGGGAGUUUCGCAGCCUUUCUGCAGAUGGCAGCAGCUCCAACAGCAGUCAAGAUUCUCUCCACAAGCCCAGUAAGAAGAAAAGCAUCAAGUCUUCUAUUGGUCGGCUUUUUGGGAAAAAGGAGAAAGGAAGGUUGGGCCAACCUGGUCGUGAUGGAUCUGCUUCUCUUGCAUCUACACCCUCUGAAGACCUCGGAUCUGGAGACACAAUGGGGAUAAACAAGACAGGAACUCUUGGUCCAGCAGAUAAAGACCGUCGCAGCAAAAAGAAACAUGAACUACUAGAAGAAGCUUGUCGCCAAGGACAGCCAUUUGCAUCUUGGGAUGGACCUACUGUUGUGUCUUGGUUAGAGUUGUGGGUGGGUAUGCCCGCCUGGUACGUCGCGGCGUGUCGUGCCAAUGUAAAGAGCGGUGCGAUCAUGGCAAACCUGUCGGACACAGAAAUCCAGAGGGAGAUCGGCAUCAGUAACCCGCUCCACCGCCUCAAACUGCGCCUGGCCAUCCAGGAGAUGGUGUCCCUCACCAGCCCAUCUGCCCCAGCCAGCACACGCUCUUCCACCAGUAAUGUGUGGAUGACUCACGCGGAGAUGGAGUCUCUGAAUGCUGCCACCAAACCUCCGGAGCUAAAGGAGUUCAGCUGGGACCAGAUACUGGCCUACGGUGAUAUGAAUCAUGAGUGGGUGGGUAAUGACUGGCUGCCCAGCCUGGGCCUACCCCAGUAUCGCAGCUAUUUCAUGGAGUCCCUGGUGGAUGCACGCAUGCUGGACCACCUAACCAAGAAGGAGCUGAGAGGACAGCUGAAGAUGGUGGACAGCUUUCACAGGGUCAGUUUGCAUUAUGGCAUCAUGUGCCUCAAGCGUCUGAAUUACGACCGCAAGGAGCUGGAAAGGAGGAGGGAGGAGAGCGCUCACCAGAAUAAAGAUGUGAUGGUGUGGUCCAAUGAGCGUGUGAUGUGCUGGGUGCAGAGCAUUGGACUAAAAGAGUACGCAGAUAACCUCAGAGAGAGUGGCGUCCACGGUGCUCUGCUGGCUUUAGAUGACACAUUUGACUACACCGACCUGGCCCUGUUGCUGCAGAUCCCCAAUCAGAACACACAGGCCAGACAGGUACUGGAGCAGGAGUACAACUCUCUCAUCUCCAUGGGAACUGAGAGACGACCUGAUGAGGAUGGAACCAAGACGUUCACCCGCUCGCCAUCCUGGAGGAAGAUGUUUAGGGAGAAAGACCUCCGGGGCGUGACCUCAGACUCUGCCGAGACGCUGCCCGCUAACUUCCGUGCCUCAGCCAUCUCCACACCCUCAGUUACCCUGAGAAAGGUUCAGAGUGACGCAGCCUGCUCUGGUGCCCGGGGUGAAUCUGCCUCAGUGAGGACGUACUCCUGUUGAGCUGCUGAGGUUUCAACCAUCUGACCUGAACUGCUGCCCUCAGAUUAAUGGAAAUUGGUUAGAAAGUUCGAGAAAGACCCAGGAACUACCAAGCCUGCUGUAAACUGGAAAUUCCUGGAGCACCAGUUUCGCUGUCUCAUGUGGAGCCAGUUUAAGGUCAAUAUGGACUGGCAACAUCUAGACCAAGAAAGAAGUCCCAGCUCUAAAACUGACACCUUCAAGCUGGACCUUUCACCUGAAAGGCCAAAAUACCAAAAUAUUUUACCUAAAAACAUUAGGUAUUUUGCCACAAUGAUAAGAAGUAUAUUUAGAUGAGUCAAUGUAAUGCUUUCAAACCCAAGAACAAUGUACAAACUGUUAAGCAUGGUGGUGGCAACGUCAUGCUAUGGGUCUGUUUUGAUGCAAGUUGGAUGAACUUGGAGGAAUUACAGUAACUGCAAAUGAGGACUACCUUCAUAUUCUUCAACUAUACAUCAAAUCAACAAAUCAGUAACUCAAGCUGGUUUUGGAAAUGGAUAGAGCUGACUGACAUAAAGUUUCUGACUCUAAGCUGAGUUGAAUAAAGGCCAGAGGCAGAGUGAUGCAGCAGUAAUGAUGUUUCUCUCCUCAGGGUGUUGAAUGGAUUGGGACUAAAGGACCCUCUCGCUCAUCCACGAAGAACGAAGCAAUGACUUUACCAUUUAACCUAAAAGUAAACCUGGGAAUUCUGCAAUAACAGUAGCAAAGGACAAAAUGGGAAAAUGACAUGAAGAAUGUAUAAACUUGUUCUCAGAUUUAGAGGGUUGAAUCGGAUCGGCUGUUUUCUCUCUCCGUCUCUCCCUCUGUCUCCUGCGCUGUAGGGAGAUACCGCCGGCGUUGUUUAGGCCAGGGCAGGAUUUCUGUCGGCCUCUACACUCAGUCAGCAAAGGGCUCAUUUUCCCACCUGCAGAGUAAGAUCUCCCUGUGCCAUUUAUCAUCUUACAGUUUCAAACAUCAGAACCUCUGCUCGACAACAAGGGCCGGGCCAGAAACUGAACUUAUUGUUAUGUUUGGAUUUAGAGGGUGUUAAAACUGUAAAGUGAUUCUGGGAGAGAGACAGACAGAAGCGACACCGGCACUCCUUUUUUCGCUGGUGUGCAGUUUCAGCAAUCGUGGCCCUUUUUGUUGGCCUCUAUGGUCCCCACCAGGAUCGGGUGGUGUGGUAAAACAUGUCUGAAUUCAGACCAACAUUUAUGUCCUGCCACAUCAGAGGUCCAUUGUCUGUUGGCACCUUGAAAGCGGAUAGUGAUGUCUUUUGAAGGGGCAUCAAAGGAACAAAUCUGGAGGGGUAACAGCCGAUCACAUUUUGUCUGCGGCAGGAAACCAGCUUAAGCACUAAGGGUGCCACUUUGUCUCAAGAGACUUUUACAGGGUUCCUCAAAGUUUUGCUUUUAUGAUCCUUAAUUGGGUUUAUUUUGAUUAUUUAGACUCCACUCGUGCUGAGCACAAAUACAAAGCCUUCAAAUAAAUUUGCUUUUCACUGCAGUAGCAUAAUCUCAAACCAAAAAAUAUAGAAAAAUCCAAUAUUCCAUGUAAGUACAUUUAUUGAGACCAUUAAGUAAUAAUUAUUACAGCGAUAAGAUUAAAAUUCAGCUUUUCGAGACAAACACGCCUGUCUGCACUUCAUGCCCACUGUCAGGUUCAGUGAAGGAUCUGUGAUGCUGCGGGCCUGUUUCUCUUCCAGGGGUCCCGGGAACCUUGCCAGGGUGCAUGACACCAUGAAUUCUUAAAAAUAUAAAGAAAUUUUAAAUAAAAAAAAUCUGAUUACCUCCAUCAGUAAACUGAAAUGGGUUUUUAAUUAAGCCUUUCAUUCAACAAAUCCACACAUAAAUGAAUGUCCUUUUAAAUCCUCUCUUAAUGAUGCUAAUGUAAUAAAAGAUUAAUUUAUUUAAAGAAAUUUUACACAUCUUCACCAAGGGUGACUUUAGUUUUGGGGAAAGCUGUAGCUUUCUUUAGGAAACAAUCCUAAAGUCAAAGCAGAAAAACUCUUUCUGUUAUGUUAUAGAUUUAUGUUAGAGGUUCUAGUAAGUUUUAAAACCAGUUUCAGCCUUGAUAUAAAGAUAACAGAGCCCAUAAACUUUUAUAUAAGAAAAGAAAUAUAAUACAUUGUUGUAUUCAUUUUUUUCAGUACAAAGAAAUUUAAAGUGAAACAAAAAAUAUUUUUUUGUAUAAGUGACUUUAAAAAUGAUUACAGAUAGAACUAUAGUGAGGUAUUUACAUCCUCUAUACUAAGUAAUACGUUUACAGUACAUUCUGCCUAAACUAUCAGAAACUGCUAACAAAAAGACAUUUUAUUUUAUAUCAUUUUAACAUAUUUACAAAUAGUUUAUUUUCUUUAUAGAAUUUUGUUUUGGAGCUGCACUAUAGCUAAUGACAAGGCAUGUAUGGGAUAUCCUGGCCUUAAUGGUGACAUUUUAACCCUUAAAAUAAAAAAAUGCAUAAUCAUUGGAUAUAUUAAAUAUGCUUUAUUUAAUUCCAAAAGUAAAUGAAGCAGUAUUUUCUUAUUUUUACCUGUAGAUUGUUUGUCUUAGUGGGUAAAUAGGACGUUUUCUGUCACACUUGAAGUGCUUCUGGUGAUUUAGUUCAGUGGGUACCAAAGCUGGGGUCGGGGCCCCACCGGGGGGCAGGAAUCUUGUGGACCUAUUCAGAAAUUAAAGUAAAAUUAAAUAACAAAAAUACUUAAUAUUUAUGCUAGAAAUCGUAUAACAGAGAGAAAAACAAUAACUUAAAAAUAGUUAAUAGAGAUAUAUUUACUGUUGGCGAGGUUUGUGCUGCCAUUAUGCCCCUGUAUACCUGACUGAGUUAUAGUUAACCAGUAGUUGCGGUUAAAAGUCUCUUUAAAACUGUUAUCUUGUUCAUCAGAAGCUGAAAUGUUUGGAACCACUGAUUUAGUGUUUGAACACCAAAGGUUUCUGUAAAGAGAAAGUUGACUCUAAAUACUCAACAUACCAAACACUACAAAAGAUAUGCUAGCUAUCUUACCAGUUUUACCUGGUAAGAAUCAAGACCUCCACCAAGUCGAUAUUAAGUUUCUGACUCAUCGGCUGGGAGCUUAUCCUGACAUAGAUGGAGCCGACAGAGAGACAAAACCAGCUGAUCCAAGAGGAUGAAAAGCAAAAACAUGGACGGAAGCCGGUCAUUUUACUACACACACAAGCCAUAACAGAAACGAAGAGCUCUCUGGGGAGGUGAGAUUACAGAGAGGGGAGCCUGAGGAAGCCCAGAAUACAAAACCUUUAGCCUCUGUGUUUACGAUGCAUGUCCAAUAACGACAAUGACCUAAAAAACAUUUUUUUUUGGUAGUGAAGAUGAUAUGAGGUGUCGUUAAAAAACUAUAUCUGUAUGAUAAACCUACAGGGUGGGUUGGGUUGUGGGGUCUGGGGCAACCCGGGGGAAUCAAAUUUGUAAGAUGUGUGUAUUUUUUUCAGUUGUAUUUUAUUAUUUUUUUUACGAUAACUAUUUAUUUUCUUCAGGUGUGUAUUGGAUAAAUGUAUGUACAUGUUCGGUUUUGUUCUUUACUUUGUUUGGACAAGUUUCAAGAGUAACUAUGAGACAUUGAGAAAUGUCAUUCAAAUACGCUGACGUAAAUGUAAACAUUUUGAGAACAAACUGUCCAAUGAUUUAACAGAUUUCCAUGAUUCCAGUGAUAGUAAAAAAACUGAAAAUAUCAUCUGAAAAAUAAAGAAUAAUAUUGACAAUGAUGAUGAUGAAAACGGUGAUGUAAAAUAAAACAAUAAAUAAGGCAAUCCAGGUGGAUUUGCUGAUAAUCAUACAA